AUGGAUGGACUGUCGUCUGCGGCGAGUAUUAUCGCGGUCAUCCAGGUCGCGGGGAGUGUUGUGAAGAUUUGUGGCGGUUACAUCAAGGAAGUGAAAGAUGCCAGAGAUGAGAUUCUCAAGCUACAGCAAACAGUUACGGACCUGCUAGGGGUUCUCCAGCAGCUGGAGUCACUCCUCGAAGGUCCUAACAGCUCGAAGCUCUCCAGAUCCCAAGACCAAAAGCAAAUUCCUAAGGGCCAUUCAUUAGAUUGGUCAGUGACAUUCUCACCAGAUAGCCGAUUACUAGCUUCCGGGUCCGAUAAAACAGUCCGGCUCUUGGAAGUAACGAGAGGCGCCCUAUAG